CAUUUCCGGCUUGUCCUUCUUCAGCUCACCUUUCCUCCUUUUGUCGGCGAACUCGGCUUAACCACGACCUGAAAGGGGACUGGACUAUCGGUAGGCCCCACGCGGCUGAAGCCGGAGGGCAGCCAUAUUACGUUGCCUCUGUUCAUCGAGUCCUCAGUGCAAGUUUGGUUUCGGGAUCCCAGUAUGGAGUCACGAGAGCCUCUCACAAAACCAACUUUGUCUGUUUGCAUCGACCAUUCAGAGUAGAAGAGUUGGGGAGGAUGCAGGCGAAUCUAAGACUAGCGCUCAUUCGAACUCAUACCUUAGAAAAUCAACAAUAAAAUGGAAUUGUUACCGAUCAAAGGUGAACGUAGCAUUUCUCCCAGGCUUUUUUGGCACAACGGUACGCCACACGCGCUUCCAUUUUCAACGGAGGCAGAAAAUGACGCGAAAACGCUGGCGGGGAAAUCGAUCUUAUUCAGUUUGGCGUGCUGAGCGAGCGGCAAGGUAAAAUGGCCGCCAAAUGCUUCACGCCUCGCGACGGUGAGUGAGCGCCAUCGGCAGCGCAGUCACGUCCGAGUCGGUGAGCCGAACAGACAGCGGUGACAAUGACGUCAUAAGGCGGAAGGUGACGGCGAGGCCGCGAGCCGAAGCGGCGUGAGGAAGGACCAACAAAUUGCAGUGACGUCGGCCGCCGCACGCUCGCUCGCUCGAUUCGGAUGUCCCAGGCGGAGACGGUUCUUUCUUCAGUUUGACUUUUUUGGAGGAGCGCGCUGGUUGAUGCCGCCGCGCUGUCGCGUGCGCUGCUGCAGCGUGCGCUGCUGCAGCGUCGGUGCCGCCACGCAGGCGCUGAUGGUGUUUGCGCUGACGUUCUGCGUGGCGCUUCCGGCCAUCUGCCAUCGCCUGCCGCACUCCUACUACUUUGUGCGCUCGGCCUACCUGGACGUCAUGAGCCGGGACGCCUUGCGCCAGAGUCUGCGGCGCGGUCAGGACGCUCUGCUGUUCUGGCAAAAGGCGCCCGCCGCCACCACCACCGCCGCCACCAUCGGGCAUCCCGAGCUGCUGGUUACCGUGGUGACGACCCGGCGGCGGCGCGAGGCUCUCCCUUACCACUACCUUCUGCAGGUGACGCGGCAGCUGAGUGGUCUCCUGGGCGGCUGCGGGGAGCGGCCCUGCGCCCAGGUGGUGCUGUGCGACGUGGAGAGCGGGCCGGACGCCAACGAGGACGCCGUACUGCUGGAGCGCCACUUCCGCGUGAUCCGCCGGCCGGCCGGCCACCGCCUCGGCCGGCCCGCCAACACCUUUGAGCGCGAGAAGCGGGACUACGUGUUCUGCCUGCGCCGCGCCUUCCAGCUGGCGCUGCCCCAGAACAUGUUGGUCCUGGAGGACGACGCCCUGCCUCAUCCGGACUUCUUCGGCGUGGUGAAGGAUCUCCUGAGGCGGCGUUUUGCCGCACGCUCGCUCUACAUCAAGCUCUUCCACCCCGAGCGGCUGCAGCGCUACUGGAACCCGGAACCUUACCGCAUCCUGGAGUGGUUGGGUCUGGGCCUGCUGGGCGCCACCCUGCUGCUACAGCUCCUGAGCGCGUGGAACCCGUGCCGCUGGUCCCUGCGCAUGUCGGCCGGCCACCUGGCGCUCCUGGCCGUGUACGUGAUGGCGGGCGCCGAGCUGCUGGGUCGCCACUACCUGCUGGAGCUGCGCCGGCUGUCCCCGCAGCUGUACGCCGUGUCGCCCGCCACCGAGUGCUGCACGCCCGCCAUGUUGUACCCGGGCAACGCCUCGCUAAGGGUGGCCGACUACCUGGACCGGGCCUUCUGCUUCCAGGGCAACGCCAAGGACACGGUUCUCUACCAGGUCUUCCGCGACACGCCCGAAGAGCGGGCGCACAGCGUGGAACCCAACCUGGUCACGCACAUCGGAGCCUUUUCCUCCGUCAGGCCCAACCCGGCCCACCCCAAACUGCUUUGAGCAGGGUGUGUUACCGGGCACCUCUACUGGAGUCAAGCGUGGCCUGGGAGCUUCUGAUCAAGUUGCAGCGCUUUCCGUUUGGUGGCGGUGUGCUACUGCAAACGUCCUUUUCAAUCUGUGCCUUGCCCGACCGACCGACCCGGCCUUAUUUUUGCCUUUCAAAUGCGUGACGUGAGGCUGCAAUUUGUCUCCAGUCCAGUAGGGGCCGCUCACCAAGGGCGGCUUGCCCGGACGCCGCGCCUCCGCUGUCACGUAUUGUCAUGUUUACCAAUAUGGAAGUUGACUCCAACGUUUAGCCAGAGAGGUGAGGCGAACGCUCCAAUCACAUUUGUAUUUCAUUGAAAAUCAUUAAAGGUUUCAAAACUGCA